AUGCCUGGAAACGACGAUGCGAUUCGACGGGUAGAUGCGAACGACAACGAGGACAAUCACGAACAACAUGCUCUCGGGACCGUCCGUCUGCAGGAUUUUAACACGAAGGAACGGAUUCUCGUUCCGACUCCUAGCAACGAUGCGAGGGAUCCCCUUAGUUGGUAUGUUCUGCUGACUUCUCCAUACACAGUGUAGAGGAUUGACUGACCCUCUCGGGCCAAUUCAGGUCCAACCCCUUCCGUUACUACCUCGCUUUCCUCGUCUGCCUCUCCAUGAUCCUCUGCAAUUUCCUCGCCGCAGGCCCUGCCAUCGCCAUGUCAGAAACCAUCGAAGAUCUCCUCGACACCGAAGACGAAGACUGGGACAGGCAGGUUUCCCAGAUUUCCUUCCUCUUCACGACGAAUUCCCUAUUCCAAGGCCUGGGCAAUCUGAUCUGGAUGCCCUUGGUGGUGAAAUUUGGUAAACGGCCGGUUUACAUUGCGUCAUCGGCAAUGUACACGAUUACGGCGAUCUGGGUUGCUUCGGCGAGGACUUAUGCGAAUGCCUUGGUUGCGAGGAUCGUGAUGGGGUUCGCGAGUGGGAGUGGAGAGUGCAUUGCUCCCCUGACCAUCAGCGAUCUCUUCUUCUUGCAUGAACGCGGGACCGUGAUGGCGAUGUAUACCGCUUCGCUCAACUUCGGUGUCUCGAUGGGUAUAAUCCUUUCCGGUCUGAUCACACUGACCUUGGAGUGGAGAUAUAUCUAUUGGAUUGCAAGCGCGAUGAUCGGGGUGUUGACGAUUGUGGUCUUCUUCACGAUGCCGGAAACUUCAUUUGCGAGGAGCCAGUAUCUUGCUCAUGACAGUGACACUUUCCGCGACGAUCAGACCGCUGCUCCACCUUCACGACAGUGUGAUCGAUACGUCGAAACUCUCCGUCUGUACAACGGGCGCUUCACGAACGAAUCUUUCCGCACUCUUUUCAUUCGCCCAAUCCUCAUGCUGGCACUGCCUCCGGUGUUGUGGGCCACGCUCGUAAUGGCUGUAACGAUUGGUUUCCUCGUCGCAAUAACCUCGAACUUCUCUACGGCGUUCGCCGAUACGUACGACUUUGAAGCAUGGCAAGCUGGACUCUGCUUUAUUGCGGGAUUGUUGGGAAGCGGAUUUGGCAUUUUCUUUGGCGGGUGGUUUUCGGACUGGAUCGCGGAUUGUUUGACGAGGAGAAACGGUAAGCCAUGGCGUGCGUGUAUCUGGGUUGGUGGAUAUUAUGGGCUGACCUCGUUGCUCUUAGGUGGUACUCGCGAGCCAGAAUUCCGUCUGCCUGCUAUGACUAUCGGUCUCCUUACAACACCGCUUGCUUUGGCACUAUACGGAGCCGGAAUCGAAUGCCAAUGGCAUUGGACCGUUCCAACAGUGGCUUUGGGUUUGCUGAGCUUCAGCAUAGCACAAGCAACAAGCGUGUCCCUCGUCUACAUUGUCGACGCAUACCGUCCUGUAGUAGGCGAGACGGUCGUGACGCAGCUCGCUUUCAAGUGUAAGUCUUCAAGCUCUUCCAUCGUCGUAGUGAAGUCUGCUAACAAUCCGCUCUAGCUGCCUUCGGCUUCCUACUGUCAUUUUACACCAACCCAUGGAUAGCGUUGGAUGGCUACGAAGACUCCUUCGGCGCCAUGGCCGGGAUCUCGGCUUGUAUACUGGUCCUCUGGAUCCCACUGUUCCUGUAUGGCAAACGGAUCCGGCAUGCGAGCUUGGCAUGGCCUUUCAUUGCAAGUAGAAUUAGGUGGAAUCCUGACCGAGAGACGGGAGAAUGA